GCAAAAUGGUCAACCUUACAUUAAAUCCCUUCGAGAUUCCAGAAAUCUUCUUACAUAUUGCCGAGCUGCUCGACCAAAGGGACCUUCUAAACUGUAUCCGCGUCUCCAAGGCUUUUCAUAGGACUUUUAUCAGUCUCAUAUGGAGGAAAAUCACUGUCGGACCGCAAGGAGAUCCUAACAGUAAAGCAGUACAGAAGCAUAACGAAUACAUUGAAGAGAUUACAUUUGAAAGCUAUAACUUUAACGAUUCAUUCCCAGAGAAGUAUGAGUCGUUACAGAGGCUUCAGUCCAUCGCAUACACAUUCUGGUGUUCAUGGCCCAUACCAACCCACCUUAUCAAACAGAUCAAGGCCCACAGCUCCAUCAUCACUAGCUUUCAUGUGACCGAAUAUACCGAGUAUCCGCCAGAUUUCUGGAAGAUUUUACUAGAAUGCACCAACCUCAACCACUUGCAGAUUCACAAAGACAUUGAUGUUGGGGUCGACUUAUUCCUACAAGUCUGCAAGAGACUUCGGCACUUGGAACUGGACCAUGUAACCAUUCAUCAGUUCCCUAUCAACAUUCUUAGUAGAGAGCACAGUGAAUAUAUUUUCCCAAACAUACACACACUCCGUAUUGACCAUGUCAGGAUAACCGACCCCCCGCAUCCGUACAGCAGCUGGUAUUGCCUCGGGAUGUUAGUAAGGAGCUGUCCAGCAUUGUGUUCAUUGCGCUUUGAGGGCGAGAACGAAGAUAGAGAAGACUUCUACAAGAUAGCGGUCCUUCAGCAUCCUUGGACUCUGAAUAAUCUGUCAGAUAUACAUACCGAUAUCACAAUCGAGGACGAGCAUUUGGCAGCGCUUCUCAGACGGAUGACUAAAUUAAAGCAGCUAUGCCUCCCUGCGUGUAAAUUCGGUCAGCUCUCUUUGCAGGAGUUGCUAGCUGACAAGCAAGAAGUGGUAGAUAAUGGACAACUAGUACGAAAGACAAGGCUUCUGAGGCUCUGUGAGACAGUUGAGACGCUGGUAUUCGUGAUAAAUAACGGUAUUGGUGGCCAGACUAUUUUAUCAAAAUGUCCACGACUGAAAAUACUGGAUGGAUCUGUAAUUACAGUAUCAGAGAUUGUCAAUGGAGCAGAAUGGGUUUGUACUGGAUUGACCCACUUGGAUAUUUAUCUUGAGGCAGACAUUGAUCAAGAGACUGAAGAAGGAAUGGCAAAGGCACGCAUUGCGUUUAGACAGCUUGGCAAGUUAUCCUGGCUUGAAUAUCUUGACCUAACACAUGAUAGAGGUAAACGGACACUGGACUUUAGUCUAAGAGCAGGUCUGGAUGAACUAGCUAAUCUGAAGAGACUAGAUACGCUAUGGUUUGGAUAUGAUCGCCAGCUAGUACCGCUUGAAGAUGCGACAUGGAUGGUGAACAACUGGCCAAACAUUAAAUACGUGCAAGGUGCCCCGAAAGGGUUCUUUGAAUCACAUAGCGUAUCCAAUUUCUGAUAGAUUAUAAAGGAAUAGGAG